AUGAACCGGAGUGAAGAAGACAAGGUGGACAACAGCAGGACAGGUGUGGGCGCAGGAAUCCUCAUAGAGGACUUCCUGGCAGUUAAGUUGGGAAAUACAAGUGGGCAUGUAAGAACAAGAUCCAAAUCUACAGGAAGAAAAGAUGAUGGAGAGUCUUCCCAGCCGGAUGGACUUCUGGUUGCUCAGCAGCCCAGGGAUAAACAACCUCAACUAGAGCAACCACCAACUGAGAGUCAAGAUAUUGUACCUGCUUAGGACAUUGAAGGUGAAGGAGCACCUGUAGCUCAAGGGCCUGAUAUGGAAGCUGAUCAACAGAAACUGGCUCUGCUGGAGGCAGUAGAUGAGCCUGGAGAUGGUCCUGAUAUCAAGGAGGAGAUCCUAGCAAGUUUAGAGCCCAUUAAAAUACCAGAAGCAGGUGGAGAAAAAUCACAGAUUUAAACCAACUGAAACUAAGCAUGCUGUCCUUAUGUUGGAAAUUUGACUGUUAACCGUCUCUCAAGAAAGUUUUACAACUUUCUUCAAGAAAAAAAAAAACCCGUAAUUAUUACAACACCCAGUAAGAUAGGCACUGUUAUCGCUGCUUAACAGAUGAGGAAACUGAGGUUCAGAGUGGCUAAAUGACUAGCAGCAUCCUGCAGCAGGUAAUGGUGGAGCUGCUUAUUUAGCCCCAAGCUUGUGCAGACUCUGGAGCUCACACUGUAACCACUCCCCUGCUCUGUGUAGAAGGGUCUGAGUGAUUGAUUGUCUUCUAGUGACUCAGUAGCUCCCAGCUCCUGUGAAGCACAUGACUCUCCUGGAACCCUAGGAGGGGUCCCUUAACCCCAGAAGGGGAGCCGUCAGUACCACAGUUGCAAAUUGUGCACAUCCACCUUUGCUCUGCAGGCAUGCUAUCGUGAGAGCAGUUACCUGAAGCCGACAACCUAGGUCGUUGAAAAGACAUGGGCUCGCAGAUUGGUGAAUGAAGAGAAUGGAAAAUUUUCAACUAAAGAAACUUCUAUGCCCUCCCCGGCUUCCUGAGCUUCUUGGGGUGUAUAACUGGCAGUUGGCUUGGCCAAGUACAUAUCAUCUUUUUCACUUAGCUCUGAGACAGUGACGUCCCUGGUGGCUUCUGCUCUGCUCUGUGGCAUCUGCUACCAUCUGUGAUGGCUACCUUCAAACUUCCUCUCCUUGCUAAGCCAGCCAGAAUUUCUCCCCUGCCAGGCCUUUAGCUUGACUAAAGCAGUUCACAGGGACGAGCGCCAGCCAUGCUAACAGCUGUUUUGUUGGUGGUUACUCUGCUCCCGUCCAGGUAUUGGGAAUUGGAUUUUUUUUCUGUUCUGUUUAAAAUUAAGCUGCUGAAUAGUAGAAAAGAAGCAAAGUCCUGGCUUGGUCUGUACUCCACUUGCCAAAGAAACUGGAUUCUUUUCUGAUUCUUGGACUGUUCACAUCACAAGCAUUUAUGCUGACCAAGCUUCCAAUGGCUGUUUCCUCCCCAAAGUGUUCUAGACUGCUAUUCCCUCACCAUAUUUCCCCUGUGGUUUGAAGCACAGGCCCUCUUAGCUGCAGGGAACAGAGAAGACAGGCCCCCAAAACUCAGGCCACAGGCAGAACAUAAAGACCACCAGUGGCUCAAACCAGCAAGGACCUAAAUACAGACCUGUAUUCACAGAGGGGUGGUCUUCCCGAGACACCACAGUUGGAACUGUUGCAAGGUGGCUUCCUGCCGUGCAUAGGGUUUUCCCCCAUCAACAAGAAGUGACCACCUAAAAGUCAUGAAAACCGGAUGUGGAGUUGGAAGGAAGGAGGUCCAUCAGUCAUUCAACAAGCAUUUCUCCUCAAAGGAGAAACUGAAAGGAUACAUGGAGGCUGAAGGCUAGUGGCUGGUUCUUCUGGUGAACUGGAGAGCGGGCAGCCCAUGUCACUAGCCCUUUUGGAGGUGGGAUCCUGACUGGCCAGCGCAGUGGGGCAUGCAGUAUCCAGUUCCCUGUGCUGGCUCAUGGUCUCCGUAAGAGAACUAGACUCCGCUCAGGCUCUAACAAGGCUGGGGGAUGUUUCUCUGGCUUCCUCAGUCACAGCCCUGUCCUACUGGGAUGGACUGAGCCCUUCAGCCGGUCAGAGCAUUUCAGCUCCUUGGCAGUAAUUUAUACUUGAAUGUAAAUCAGGACAUUUGUCUUCUUUUGUUAGAGGUGCUCUCAUCAGAAGUGGCUUAGCAUGAAUCAGGUUCCCAGAAGCGGUCACCUCAUAAAUGAACCUAGUGGGUUCUGAAUUACUGCCUGACACGUGGGCAGGCCAGACUGAAGCUGGGGCUUUCUUCUUACCUGAUCUGAUUAACCUGGGGAGAAUGCUUAACCUCUCUGAAGCCCUUUCCUAAACUGGAACAUGCCUAGGGUGGGAGGGUUAGAUGGAGUGCUUCAGUCUUUUAAAUGUUCACUGAGCACCUGCUAUGCGUCAGGCACUGUCCUAGGAACAGGGAUGCGAAAUAGUGCUCCUCUCCUCGUGGGGGUUACCUUCUGGUGAGGGGAGACGAUGAUAAACAAAACUAUAAUAUUUGGCAGUGGUAAGGGCCAUGCUUUGAGCAUUUAACCCAAAAUUAAAACUUACCUUGAAAUUCUUAGAGAGGAAAUGAACUUUCUGAGUGGUUUUUUUUUUCCCAGCUGAAUUUCAGACAGCUAUGUGGGCAUGACUGAGGAGAGCCCUCGAAAGUGGAAAGAGUUCUAGGUGGGAGAGACUCAUCACGACAGCCGGAGCGCUGGGAAGGACUGGGUGGUUCUGUCUGGAAAGGGGAUGAGAUGCUCCUGGUAUUCCUGCUUUGCCUUUUUUUUUUUUUUUUUUUGGCUUGAAAUGAAUAACAUGCAAAUGAGCACCUGGGUCUGAGUCAGUGGUGUGAGUAACCCCUCCGCAGGAUGCUGAGCCCUGAGUGUGUACACACAGCUCCCUGCUGGCUCCUCCGAAUCCCUGAGAUGCUUCUUACAGGCAGCCUCUGCACUCUGACCUCUGGCCCAUGCCACCCUACCCAGUCACAACCCUGGGUCAGGCCAGCUGCUCGCUGCACCUGCAGCCAGGGGCUGAUGAAACCGAGGUGUCCCUGCCUGCAGCAAGUACCAAGGAAACACUCCCUUCCCCGGCAGCUCCCCCUCCUCAGAGCCCUGGGACCCCUGCUCAUCGUCUAAACUGUCAGUGGCUCUCUCCUCUUACCCUUCUUCCCUCCUCUCCAUCCCCCUGUUCCAGACAACCCUCCCACUUGUGCCCACCUCCUCCCCACCCUGCUGCUCCUGGGAGCUGGCUCCUCCAUCAUCAAGUCCUGUGCCAUCCAGGCCUGUUUUUCCAUGGAUGCAUUUCAGCGUACACAACUGUCCACACUGCUGCUAUCCUGAACCCACUUUUUGGAUCCUGCCUUUCCUCAGCUCACUACUCCUUUUCGUCCCCUAGACUGUGUUUCUUAAAGGAAUAGUCUCUCCCUUCUCCCCAGAUUUCUUAAUCCACUAAAAACUAGUAUCAGCCCCAAAACUCACCUAAAACUUCCCUCAGUGGGGUCACAAUUGACUGGUUUCCUAUCUGAUGCAUAGUUGGCAGCCUGUGUCUUUACUUAAGUUCUCCAUCGUUUGCCACUGUAACACUCCCUCUUGGCCGAAGUGUUUUACUCCCAUUGGGUGUUUCCUUGCCACCCGUCUUCUGGUUCUCCUGUGACAACUGACUGUUCUCCAGUCUUCUUUGUCUGCAUUACAUUUCAUGUGCUUUGUACAGAUUCUCCAUGAUUCAACCAUCAUCUCUAUGACUAAUGACUACUAUUUCUAUGUAGUGAGUACCUGCCUCUUUUUUCAGCCACAGACCCCUGUUUCCAAUUAUUCAUCCUUCAUCUCUACAAAGAUAUCCUUAGGGUACCUCAGUUUAUAAAACCAAGCUCAGUGUUUUGCCCUUGUACCAAACCUGCUCUUUCUGUGCUUCCUCAUUUCAUAAAGGUACCACCACCCAGACUAGAAACCCCAGAGCCAUUCUCCUCUUCCUCACUAGUGCCACCAACUCACAUCAAUUCCAGCUUCUCAGUAAACCCACAUGUUGUUCACCUCAUUUUAUCCCACCCACAACUACCAUGGUUCAGGGCGCUCUUAUUUGUCCCUGGGGCAGUUGUAACAGCCUCUUAAAAGGUCCCGCAGUCUCUGAUUUCCGGCCCAUCCCCCAUGUGACUGCCAGUAUGAUCUCUCUAAUAUGCAAAUAAGGUCAUCUAGUCCCAGUGCUUAAACCCUUCCACAGCCCCCACUGCCCACAGUCAAGGCUGAAUUUUUGAGUGAAGCCCACGAGGUCCUCGAUGUACUGGAGCCAGCCCAAGUCCCUGGCCUCCUGUCCAGCUCCACACAGCCAGCCCUGAACCCACUUUGCUAUUUUACACCCUUGGGCAAUGCACUGGUGCUUUCUUCUGCCCGUGAUCACAUUUCUUCUUCCUGUCAUUCUUCAAGACCCUUUCACAUGUCUGCUUUGUGAAGACUUUGUGUGCGUUCCCCCUCCCCUACUCUGUGUUCUGUAAAGGAAAGCCCUGCUGUACUCUCUUUAUGCUAGUGAUGGGGGGCAGUGGUUGGUUUAUGUCUGUUCCCUGUAGUAGACAGUGAGUUCCUUGUGGCUCGAGCCAUAGCCUACUCAUCUGGUUCUCCCCCAGGCCCUCCCUGAGUGCUGGGCACGUGGGUGGUGAUCUUCAGACGCAGUAAACAGAGAAGCCAGGUAGUGUGAGAGUGAAAUCGCUUGUGGGGCUGCCUCCCUUCCCCACUGGACUGUGAGCGCUUGGCAGGCUGGGACCGCACCCGCUUCUUGCUUAUGUGCCAUUCCCAGUACAUAUUACUGAGUCUGGACUCGGGUUUACUCAAACUUUCUACCAGAAACCCCCUCCCAACGCAGAGGCAUGAGGACAUCUAACUAGAACAAGGCUCCUUCUGAAAACCUUCCCUUCAACUUGGCUUACCCUGAUCCGACCUUCACCUCAACCUGCCUUUUCCCUCUUGCCCCAGAAGGAAGUUUCAGAAGGAAGUCCGGGGCCAUAAAGCAGAUCUCAUAAAACCUCACAGGGGUUCGAACUCCAUGCGGCUAAAACCAGAACACACCUCUGAGCCCUGCCCAACUGGCUUUUGGUACUUUUAUCGAAAUGGUGACCACAUUUCUGGAAUCCACACAAGGAAACACACGCUUUUAGCUGAUAAAGAAAAGAAAAACAGUUCCUGUCUACUGACCGUGUCAUUUAUCAGACACAGGGUGUGGGGGUUUACAGAUAUGUCACCCGUGCCCCCUCCCCAGCCCUGGGAGGACACUACGCCCUCUUCCCGCCUUACCUGUGGAGGAAAGGAGGCACAGACAGGGUGGGGCUGGAGUGCAAACCCUCCUCUGUCUGACUCUGCUGUCAGGCCGUGAUGGGUGCCACCGUCAGGGGCACAAGGCUGUCUGGGUUGUGUCCUGGGGAAUCAAAUAGGAGAAUGUUGGGGAUUUGAAUGGUUUCUGAGGACGGAAAUUUUGAAUUGCAGAUUUCUGAAUUUUGUAGGAUGUUGGGAAGCCAUUAUCUCAGAAUAUGGGGGCUAGAUGUUACAGGGAGAGGCCAGUUUCCAGCUACAACCAGGCAGCCCUCCAGAGGCUGGCCCACCUCUCCGGAACCUGCAGCCCCUGAUCGGCACAAGGAGGUCUAGGCGUGCUUCCAGGUCCCGGUGCUAUGUAUUCAUAUGUAUAGUCUAUUUGUGCUCUAUUAGUGCACACAUCAAAUAAACAUGUAGCAUAU